UUCUGAGAAAGAGAUCCGUCCAAGCUGGAACAGGAGUCUUGUCCAACUCCAACCAUAUCCAUCUUCUUCUAUUUACAGUGUUCUGCAAUCGUUAUAUCAGUACAGAUGGAUGUCCUCCGCCAUCAUUGGUACGACCUUGGCGCAGGUGUCGCUGCGUACUCAACCUACUAUGUCUAUACAAACCAGAAGAGACUGAGCCAAAGCGAGAAGCUCGUCAUUGCAAGCUUCAUAGCCGUAUGUCUUCACCAAGUCGAAGAAUAUCGUUUUCCGGGUGGAUUUCCCAUUUCGAUGAACCUUGGUCACCAGCACAGUCCUAAGCCAGAUCGAUACCCACUCAAUGCGCACUCUGCCCUCAUCACAAAUGCAGGCGCGACCUAUCUUUACUACCUGCCGGCGAUCUUCUACCCGGACUGCGUGUGGCUGGCUCUGGGUCCGAUGCUGUCCAGCUUCUCACAGCUUGUGAUCCAUGGCAUCAAUAUAAACAGAUCGAUGGGCAUGCUUUACAAUCCUGGCCUAGGCACCACCAUUCUGCUCAUGUACCCCAUCGGCAUUCAGUAUAUCAUGGUUCAGCAAAGAGCCGGUCUGCUGGGGUUACGUGAGUGGGUAUAUGCCGUCAUAUCCCUGGUUCUCUUCACCUAUAUCACUCUCGUCAAAUGGACUUUUACAUGGACACCCGAUCUGAAUUCGCCUCACCCAUUCAGCCAUGCCGAGAUGACGAGGUGGGGUUCUCCAUCUUUCCUGGUUAAGGACUACCUUGCGUAGACAGUUUGGCCGUGAUUGUUGGGAGAAUAGCAAAAAUUCGCAUCAAAGCGAGGCACAGCUAACCUUGACAUCACACAACAGUAAGGGUGGACUAUCGCGUUCGACGUGUUCCUCAAGGUGAUUGGGAGCUAUGUCAAAAGGAGUCAUGACAGGUGAAAGCUGGGUUGAAGGCUUUUUUCAUCAGACCGUCCUCGAAGGUGACCCGGGUUCCGGGGUUAUAGGAUGAGGAGUCGAGAUUUUAACGCCUUCUACCUCGAUGCUAGUUUCAUAGUGCUCGGAGAGACCAGAUCAGACCUUGGACAUGCCGUCUAACACUGAUCGAAAAGUCGGUUCUGUGGUAGUUGGAGAGUCGAUUUGAACUGGCGACCAGAAAGUCUGAAAACCUGGAAAAAAAUUCUCACUUUCAAAGUCCGGUGGAGAAGAACAAAUUGCAAAAGAUCGGAUCGAAGAAGAAAUGAAGAACAACCCAACGAUUCA